AUGCCCAAGGGUGUGUAUAGCAUGGCAGGAGAGGAUCGCGCGAUGGAUGUGGAUAUAACUCCGUUCUUGCGUGUAAGCAUGGCAGUCAAGGCAGUCGCGCAUAAUCCAGCGGGCUCCCCCUUUUUCCCGACGUCGCUCAGGCCGCCCAAGCCGCAGAUAUCAACCAUCUUCCUGUUUGGGUCAUUCGCGAUGAGAGCCGCUGCUCAUGACACGAUCAGCAAAAGAGAACAUAACUCCAGUGAUCUCCCCGAAGAGGUUCACAGGCUCAUCAGAGAGAGAGGCCUGAGCGGAGAAGAAAAAUGCCCCGAUGGGUUGCAAUCGAGAUUUAAAGUCGUCGGUGCCUUGGCCAGCUCGUAUAUGCCUGUGUUUAGUCCGCGGUGGACGGAUGUGGUGGAGUAUAUGCUAUCUGCUAUGUAUGUAUAUCAUACCAUCCCUCAAGGCCAGUCUGGUUGA